AUGCAGCUCUCGACGAUUCUUUUGUGGUUUCUACCCGUCGCGCUCGGUAACCUCUGCGUCGUGCCCCCGUAUUCGUACACGUCCAACUCAGACCCGGCACUCGCGACUGCGCUUUCAGUGCUCCAGCAAAGUCCGAUUGGCACGUGGGUCAACGACAAUGGCCACAACCCCGUGCCUGGCGUUCUCUCAAAAUGCGGCAACGGAGACGUCCCGAUCUUUGUGAUUUACGGACUCCCCAACAAAGACUGCGCGGCGGGCUACUCGGGCGGCGGCACCAACAAAAACACAGAGCAGUAUACGAGCUGGCUCCAAACGAUCGUGUCGGCGGUCGGAUCCCGCGAAGUCAUUUACAUUGUGGAGCCCGACGCGCUUGGGCUCCUCUCCCAGCAAGGGUGCGCCGUGAACCUCGCGUACGAAUUGAACUUGAAGACCGCCGUGACGGUCUUGAGUCAGAACACCAACGCGCACAUUUAUGUCGACGUGGCGGGCUGGGCCACCGAGUCGGUGGCGAUCUCGGUGCUCCAGACGCUCAAAUCGGCCGGCCGCCUCGCCGGCAUCUCGAUCAACACGUCCAACUACCA